UAUUCAUUAGUAUAUAUUUUAUGAACUUACAAUAUUCAUCUUAGCUUAUAGCUCUGUUAGUGCAAUGUUCUAUGGUUUUUGAGUCAACAUUUUUGAAUGCCCAAGGGGAUUCCCCGUUUGUAUUUGGAAACGUAACCAUAAAAUCAGUCUUCCUAAUUUCUUGUGUAACGAACAAUGCCAGAAUCUGCCCACCAGACGAAGAAAUACAUCGGCGUAAUCGACGCGGGCACUCGCACCGUGAAAUUUUGCGUUUUUCCCACUCAGAGCCUGACAGAGUACGCCGAACAUGCAGUCGACGUUACCCAACACAGUCCGAAGGAAGGGUGGCUCGAGCAGGAUCCGAUGGAAAUCUUGGACGCCGUUAAUCAGUGCGUUAAUGCAGUCGCCAGUAGGCUAGACGUAUCCGAGAUUGCCACCGUUGGAAUAACGAAUCAGAGGGAGACCGUGAUAGCUUGGGAUAAAACGACGGGUGAACCAUUGCACAAUGCCAUUGUUUGGAGCGACAUUAGGGCGAACGAUACCGUCGACCAAAUUCUGGCCAAACUACCGGAGAACAAUAAGAACCACUUUAAAUCGCUCUGCGGCCUGCCCGUAUCCCCCCUUUUUAGCGCGUUCAAGUUUAAAUGGCUCAGGGAUAACGUCCGAGAGGUCCGGAAGGCGUGCAAGGCGCGUACCUGCCUUUUUGGUACCGUGGAUUCGUGGAUUGUCUGGAAUUUGACGGGCGGCGUGAAUGGCGGUUUGCACAUUACGGACGUGACGAACGCGUCGCGGACGUUUUUGAUGAACAUUGACACUCUGUAUUGGGAUCCGGUGCUUCUUUACACGUUUCACAUUCCUUCGUAUUUAUUACCGGAAAUUCGAAGCAGUUCGGAAAUUUACGGCAAAAUUAAUAAUGGAACUGUUUUAGAUGGAAUACCAAUAUCGGGGAUUUUAGGCAACCAACAGUCGGCUUUAGUGGGCCAACAUUGUUUCAAGGUAGGCCAGGCGAAAAACACCUACAGAAGUGGAUGUUUUUUAUUGUACAAUACGGGAACGCAGAAGAUACAAUCCUCGCACGGGUUAGUCACGACGAUAGCUUAUCAAUUGGGAAAUUCGCCGCCAGUCUACGCGCUGGAAGGAAGUGUCGCGGUUGCUGGGGCUGCAAUGAAUUGGUUACGGGACAAUAUGGGUUUCAUCAACGACGUGCAGAAAGACACUGAAUCUCUGGCGAAGGAGGUUUUUAAUACUGGCGACGUUUACUUUGUUCCGGCCUUUAAGGGACUCUACGCCCCCUAUUGGCGGCAGGAUGCUAGAGGAAUUAUAUGCGGCCUAACGGCGUUCACCACCAAGAAGCACAUCAUCAGGGCCGCCCUCGAGGCGGUCUGUUUUCAAACGCGCGACAUUCUAGAGGCGAUGAAUAAGGACUGCGGAAUAGCCGUUACCAAACUGCACGUUGACGGGAAAAUGACUACCAAUAAUUUACUGAUGCAGUUACAGGCGGAUAUUAGCGGCGUUCCGGUCUUUAGGGCGCAAUCGCAGGACGUCACCGCGUUGGGCGCGGCGAUAGUUGCCGGUAACGCCGCCGGCAUCAACGUCUGGAAUAUCUCGGAUAUACAUCGCGAGUCGGUGCCCAGCGAUACGUUUCUUCCGACCACAACGGAUGACGAGCGCGACGCCAGGUAUACCAAGUGGAAGAUGGCCGUUCAGAGAUCGCUGGGGUGGGCGACGACGAAAAAGUCGAUCGCAAUGACGGACGAACGCUUUCGGCUACUCUCAAGCGUGCCCCCCAGUUUAUUUCUCAUGGGAAGUUUUGGUUUAUUACUGCUUUCGCAUGUUUUAAAAUGAAAAUAAUAAUUUGUAUUUUAAGUGCAAAAAUAAUUGUUAAGUUUUAAAUGUGGUAAAAAUAUGGUUGUUAAUUUUGUUGUACUUAAUAUAUCCUCCGUACUUAUACGUACAUUUCUUAGGCCAUCAAUAUACAUUUGUUUUUUGUCUUGUUAUGUUGCCAUUGUUAAAAUUGAAUCAAUAAACUUUUUUUUUAUUA